GCGCAUCAAUAUGGUGCUGUCGCCAUUCCCGUUACAGUUUCAGUCUCAAGCUUCUUCCUCAUCAUCAUCGUCUCUUUGCUUCGCCAUUCUUCAACAACCUUCACACUCUUUCAGAACCGUCAAGUUCAGAGUUUCUUGCUCCCAACAGUCCAUUCGACUUGGCGCCGCCCAAGAUAUCUCCACCAAGAAGAAGAGGCGGCUCAAACCGAGUUUCCUCGAUCAAAUUCGCCACAAAUGGUCUGCCAAGACCAUUCCCUUGAGAGACAACCUCCCAUGGCAAGAACAAGAAAGGAAGCUGGAUGAACCAGUUGAUGAUGAUGAAGACGAAGACGAAGACGAAGACGAAGACGAAGACGAAGAAAGUGGUGGCAACUCGUCGGGAAGUGACCCGGUGAGUUAUGUUCCCAGAAAUCGUGUACUUUCAGCUCCCUGGGUUCAUGGAGAAAAACCCUCUAAGGGGUUUCAAAGACACGGUGAAGACAAUGUUUCGAGUAAUGCUCUUCAAGAGCCCAUGAAUUUAGGUAGUGAAAUUGAUUUCGACGGCAAGUGUGAACGAGUUGUUGAAAUUGACGAAACCCCAACUGGGUUAUCGGGGAACAAAGCAAAAUUACCUGUUGAGGGCGUUGAACGCGACUCUUUUAGCCUGAAAUCAUCCAUUGUUGAUCAGGUACUCGAUGGCUUUGGAGGUUCUAGUGGUGAGGAGAGUGGUCCAAGGAGGUUACCAUGGGGAUGGAAGAAAGAGAACAAUUUGGGACCUGCAUCUGGUGACAGAUUGAAGAAGAGAAACACAGUAUUGGCGGAGGGCUUAAUACCGGAACCCGAAUUGAAGAGGUUAAGGAUCGUGGCUUUGAGGAUGGUAGAGAGGGCAAAGGUUGGGCCUGCAGGUGUUACACAGGCAUUGGUGGACUCUAUUCAUGAGAAGUGGAAGAAGGAUGAAGUGGUGAAGUUGAAAUUUGAAGGGCCUCCAGCACUUAACAUGAAAAGGAUUCAUGAGAUAUUAGAGAGGAGAACAGGUGGCUUGGUAAUAUGGAGAUCAGGCAGUUCAGUCGUGUUAUAUAGGGGAAUGGCUUAUAAGUUUCCUUGCGUUCAAUCGUAUACCAAACAGAAUCAAGUCAACGUGAAUAGUUUACGUACUCAAGAAAACAUCAUGGAUGAUCAUGCUCGGGUAGUUGGAUUGAGGGACUCAGUUGCUACUGGGAAAUCAUUGACAAGAAGUUCUGCAAGAGAUUUGAAGGAUUUAUCUGAAGAAGAAAGGAUGGAUUUAAGUGAGCUCGAAAAUCUGUUAGAUGAUCUGGGUCCACGAUUUAAGGAUUGGUCAGGUCAUGAUCCAUUGCCUGUGGAUGCUGACUUGCUUCCUUCAGUGGUUCCUGGAUACAAAAGCCCGUUCAGACUGCUUCCUUAUGGAGUAAGGCAUGGUUUAACAGACAAGCAAAUGACAGUUUAUCGUAGAACUGCCAGAAGAAUGCCUCCACAUUUUGCCCUUGGAAGAAACAGGGAACUGCAAGGUCUAGCUAUGGCUAUGGUAAAGCUAUGGGAAAGAAGUGCCAUUGCCAAGAUAGCCAUCAAGCGUGGUGUACAGAAUACUUGCAAUGAGAGGAUGGCAGAGGAACUCAAGAUAUUGACAGGGGGAACACUGCUUUCGAGAAACAAGGAUUAUAUUGUGUUUUACAGGGGGAAUGACUUUUUGCCCCCUGAUGUGACAAAGACAUUGGUGGAAGCACAGAAACUAACAGCAGUGAGACACGAUGAGGAAGAACAAGCAAGAUGGAAUGCUUCAACUCUAAUUUAUUCAAACGCCAAAGCUGCUACAGGCCCACUGGUUGCAGGAACCCUUGCUGAGACGAUGGCAGCAACCUCACGCUGGGGAAACCACCCUAGCAGCAAAGAUAUAGAGAAUAUGAAAAGAGAUUCAGUUUUGUCUAGACAUGCUUCAAUGGUCAGACAUCUUGAGAAGAAGCUUGCUUUUGCAAAGGGCAAGUUCAAAAAGGCCGAGAAGGCUUUAGCAAAUGUGCAGCAGUCUCUGGAACCAGCAGAGCUCCCAACUGAUCUGGAAAUCAUAAGUGAUGAGGAAAGAUUUUUAUUUCGUAAGAUGGGCUUGAGUAUGAAACCAUACUUGCUUCUAGGGAGACGAGGAGUUUAUGAUGGUACAAUAGAAAAUAUACACUUACACUGGAAGUAUCGGGAACUGGUAAAAAUAAUUGUGGACAGAAAAAGCUUUCCACAGGUCAAGCAUAUAGCAAUCUCUCUCGAGGCCGAGAGUGGUGGUGUACUAGUAUCUUUAGAUAAAACUACUAAAGGUUAUGCGGUCAUACUCUACCGUGGGAAGAACUACCAACGUCCUCAUGCAGUGAGGCCCAAGAAUCUUUUAACAAGAAGGAAGGCAUUAGCUCAGUCAGUUGAACUUCAGAGAUGUGAGGCACUUAAGCAUCAUAUAUCUGAAUUAUCAAAACAAAUCGGGGAGCUGAAAUCUGAACUAUCAAUGCUGUUGAAUUUGCAGGAAUAUAUGGCGACUGCUAAGGAGAUCGAUGAGGAGACUUCUUACUCAGGGAUGGAUAAUGCAUCAUCUUCCAAUUUUCAUAUGGAAGAGGAUGAAGAUGAAGAGGCGUAUCUUGAAACAUGAAGGGGAAACGAUUAAUAGUUCUGACAAGGGAUUGUUUAUGCUCUCAUAAGAGCAUAUGAAGAUGGGGAUUCCUUAUUCAUGCUUGAGGAGGUCCAUUGAACCUAAUGUAGACGGAUGGCAUGUUUGUCAUUAGUUGCACGCCUAUUGGGCAUCACAUUUAGAAAUCUCCUCUUUAUCGUGCAACGUCGUCUGCUAACCACAAGAAAGCGAAGAUCAGUUUCCUAUCACUGCAUUAGUUUUUGUCUUUUUUGGCUCUUGUAGAUAGAGGUGGUUCAAUAAUGGAUGUAUCAUGCACUCCCCCGGAAAUCAUCCUUGUACUCUGUAUGUAUCAGAAGGGCUUCUUGUUCACUGGGCUCUUCAUGUUUUACAUUUCUCUUCUGCAUGGUCAUUGUGUUUCUGUUGAUCACAGGGGGACUACUGUUUAUGUAGGAAAACAGAAUAAUACUUGCUUGAUUGAUUGAGUGUACAA